AUGAGUAAUUUGAGCAACCUAACAAGCCUGCAAUUCGUGAAGACAUUUCAGUAUGUGGUUCAUAUACCAACGUUCAUCCUGGGUUUGACUAUUAAUUUGGUUGCACUCUGGAUACUCUGCACCAAAUCAAAGAAGUUGAUCGAAUCUACAAUCUACAUGAUUAAUCUGAGUUUUUCUGACAUAUUUCUGCUUUUCUCUCUGCCUUUCAAAAUCCAUGCUGAGCAGAUGAAUGGAGAUGAAUGGCACCUGGGAGCAAUGUUCUGUAAGUUUCUGGAAUCCCUGUACUUUGUGAACACCUACGGGACGAUCCUGUUAAUAACGCUGAUAUCACUGGAUCGCUACAUCGCUAUCAAACAUCCCUUUCUGGCACAAAUGCUCAGGUCACCAAAGAAAGCCGUCAUCGCCUGCACUGUGAUGUGGGUUUGUAUCUGGUCAGCAAGCAUUCCAAAUUACAUCCAUCCUGAAAACAAUCAGACAAUGAAAAAGUGUUUUGCAAAAUUUGAUGCAUUUUGGGAAAACGAUGCCAUUCCUGUGAGUAUGGAAGUUAUCUUUUUAAUUUCUGCAGUUACUGUGUCUUUCUGUAGUAUUCAGAUCAUCAGAACAUUACGAAGAGUACAUGAAGAAAGAGAUGAUAUGAACAUGAGGACAUCUAUGAAUAUUAUCACUACAAAUCUGGUCACCUUCCUUUUCUGCUUUACACCUUAUCACAUAGCCAUGCUAUUGUACUUCUUAGCAAAGAAGGGCUAUAUAACUGAAUGCUUGGCACCUCUGCGAAUCAGUCUUCAGAUCACUCAACAUUUUGCAACCAUACAUUGCUGCCUGGAUGGAAUGUACUACUAUGUAAUCAUUAAGAGUUUCUGGAAAUCAGGGAUCAAGAUCAUUGUGGAUACUAAUUCAACUCAUACAAGUUGA